UGGAUUUAAUGUGGCCUGCGAAGCUCGUCGGUGCUCUGCUCCAGGCAAAGGCAUCAUGAGUAAUUUGUUAGGGUUUAAGCUAUUACUCUGCAACACCACCAAACCCUCUGUCUUGAACCAAAACCUCUUCUCAGCUUCUAUUCUACUUCCCUCAAUAUCAUCUCCCCCCCUUUUCCUGCCUUCCAAACAAUCCGAUUCCCUCACACCAAACAGUAGAACAAGAAAAGGAAGAGCAACUUCUGAUGCUGUACUCUCCAAUUUCCGUGCCAAUUCUACAGCAAACAGUAUAGAUGCUGCUGAAGUAGCAGAGCAAGUUGAGGUGGAAGUGGCCCAGGGUUACACAAUCACCCAAUUUUGUGAUAAGAUUAUUGAUGUAUUCGUAAAUGAGAAACCCAAGUCGAAGGAAUGGCGGAAGUAUUUGGUGUUCAGAGAAGAGUGGAACAAGUAUAGGGAAGCUUUCUACAAUCGGUGUCAAACACGGGCUUAUGCAGAAACUGACCCAGUUAUGAAGAAAAAGUUGAUCGAGUUAGGGAGAAAAGUGAAGAAGAUUGAUGAUGAAAUGGAAAGACAUACUGAGCUUCUAAAGGAGGUUCAGAGCAGCCCAAUGGAUGUUAAUGCAAUUGUUGUGAGGCGGCGCAAGGACUUCACUGGAGAGUUUUUUCGUCACCUAUCUUUACUUUCAGAAACCUAUGACAGUUUGGAGGAUCGUGAUGCGAUGGCCAGGCUUGGAGCUAGAUGCUUGUCUGCAGUCUCUGCAUACGAUAACACACUGGAGAUUGUGGAAACUUUAGAUGUUGCCCAGGCUAAAUUUGAUGAUAUCCUCAACUCUCCUUCAAUAGAUGUGGCAUGUGAAAAGAUUAAGAGCCUUGCCAAGGCAAAGGAACUUGAUUCUUCAUUGAUCCUGUUGAUAAAUAGUGCUUGGUCUGCAGCAAAGGAGUCCACUACCAUGAAGAAUGAGGUCAAAGACAUCAUGUAUCAUCUGUACAAAGCCACAAAGAGCAGUCUCAGAAGCAUUGCACCAAAAGAAAUAAAGCUACUCAAGCAUUUGUUGAACAUCACAGAUCCUGAAGAGCGAUUCUCAGCAUUGGCUAGUGCUUUCUCCCCUGGAGAUGACCGUGAAGCCAAGGAUCCCAAUGCUUUAUACACUACUCCAAAGGAACUACAUAAAUGGAUCAAGAUCAUGCUUGAUGCUUACCAUCUAAAUAAAGAAGAAACCGACAUUAGAGAAGCGAGGCAGAUGACUGAACCUGUGGUUAUCCAGAGGCUCUUCAUCCUCAAGGAAACGAUCGAAGAGGAAUACUUGGAACGAGGCAUUAAAACAGAACAGGAGACUAAAUCAGAGGAGCAGUGAAGCAUCACUAGCUGUGUAUUAUCAGCUGUUAUAUCAUUCAGAAAUGAAACUUGUAGUUCUGUGAUCAACUUUGAACUCCACAACUCUACACAUCUGUGCCCUCUAUAGGAGGGAACAAGAAUUUUGUACACUUUUUAACCCUGAUUUAGAAAUAUUUAAUUUGAUCCCGAAUUGGGUUGAAUUUCAAAAGUACUCAAUUCAAUGUCAUCUCAAUUUUUGGCUCCAA